AUGUUAGAGAACUACGGUCACCUCCUCUUCUUGGGACUUGUUGUGUCAAAGCCAGACCUGGUCAUCUUUUUGGAACAACAGAGGGACCUAUGGGAUAUGCAGAGAAAGAUGACCGUAACAAUCCAUACUGGAAAGAAAGGUUAUAUUUGUGAGGAGUGUGGCAAAGCCUUCAACUGGCACUCAGCACCAAUUCAACAUCAGCGAGUCCACACUGCAGAGAACCCUUACAAAUGUGCAGAAUGUGGAAAAACGUUUAAUUAUGGCUCAUCAGUAAAUGGACAUAGACUAAUUCAACAUCGCCGAAUCCGUACUGGAGGGAAACCUUACAAAUGUAACGAAUGUGGCAAGGCCUUUAAGUGGUCCUCAGCCCUUAAUCAACAUCACCGAAUCCAUACUGGAGAGAAACCUUACCAGUGUAACAAAUGUGGCAAAGCGUUUAACUGGCCGUCCGUACUUAUUCAACAUCACCGAACCCAUACUGGAGCAAAACCUUACCAAUGUGAAGAAUGUGGCAAGGCUUAUACCUACUCCUCAGGCCUUUCCAAACAUCACAAAAUCCAUACUGAAGAGAAGCCUUACCAAUGUCAAAAGUGUGGCAAGGAUUUUAAGUCGUCCUCUGCCGUUAAUCAACAUCACCAAAUCCAUACUGGAGAGAAGCCUUACCAAUGUCAUGAAUGUGGCAAGGCCUUUAACUGGCCCUCAGAAAUUAAUCGACAUCACCGAACCCAUACUGGAGAGAAGCCUUACCAAUGUAAGGAAUGUGGAAAGGUGUAUAAGUCGUCCUCAUCCCUUAAUCAGCAUCACCGAAUCCACACUGGAGAGAAGCCUUACCAAUGUAAAGAAUGUGGCAAGGCCUUUAAGUCGUCCACAGUCCUUAAUCAACAUCUCCGAAUCCAUACUGGAAAGAAGCCUUACCAAUGUAAAGAAUGUGGCAAGACCUUUACCUGCGCCUCAGGACUUUUUCAACAUCACCGAACCCAUACUGGAGAGAAACCUUUCCAAUGUAACGAAUGUGGCAAGGCCUUUAAGUCGUCCGCAGCCCUUAAUCAACAUCACCGAAUCCAUACUGGAGAGAAACCUUAUCAAUGUAACGAAUGUGGCAAGGCCUUUAAUAGGCCAUCAGGACUUUUUCAACAUCACCGAACCCAUACUGGAGAGAAGCCUUACCAAUGUCAAGAAUGUGGCAAGGCCUUUAACUGGCCCUCAGAACUUAAUCAACAUCACCGCAUUCAUACUGGAGAGAAACCUUACCAAUGUAAUGAAUGUUGCAAGUCCUUUUCCAUGUGCUCGUACCUUACUAAACAUCAGAGAAUCCAUACAGCAGAGAAACCUUAA